GUGAGACAGAGCGCUCUGUUAUCGACUCACCGGGUCUGAACUGUUGAAUAAUCUCGACUGAUCUGGCCUGAGCAGAUAUGCGACAGGCUGCUUCUAAACCAACGCUGGAUACAUUCAUCAUACAACCGAGCAGUUUGACCCGCAGCUUCCGGACGUUAACUGAAGAAUCCCCGUUAAUCACUGUUUCAUCAGCGCUAACGGUCGGAGCGGUGGUCGAUGGUCGGUGUCCAGCAUCAGGACAUGGCGGGAGAAGCUGUGGUCACUGUUCGUCUUGUCAGGUCAUUCGAGCACAGAAACUUCAAACCGGUGGUGUUUCACGGAAUCAGUCUAGACCAGACGGUGCAGGACUUCAUCCAGUUCGUCAGAGACGAUAUCACAACGAGACCAGGGCUCCCCCCUCCCUUCAGGAAAUAUGCUUAUGACACAAUGAAAAUUAUCCACCAAGCACAUGGAGCUAAGACUAAUGAGCUGGUGAUGAGUUUAGAUGAUGAUGAAAAGCUCAUUCUGCAAGACGGCCAAACCCUCAGGACUGCAGGUGUUGGUUCAGAGAACAGUGGUCUCCAUCAUUCUUACAUGAAAAAGUAUGAACAACCAGGACUCUUCUAGUGCUGGACUGGGACUAAUUGAGACAUCUGGGAGAAGAGAGGAAAACAAGAACCUGAUGGUGGCUCAGUUCUCAGAGUCCGAUCUGGAGGGAACCAUGACUGAACUGUUUGACCUCAGUUCUAAGCUUCAUGUCUGGAGAAAACCAGGCACUACUCAUCAUCUGAACAACACCACCCAACAGUAAAGCAUUGUGGAGGCAGCAUCAGGCUGUGGGGGGACAGGGUGACUGAGAGAUCCUAACAGAGAUCCUUAAUGAAGACCUCAGACUGGGCUGAAGGUUUACACAGCCAAGAUAAUCUCCUGACCUGAACAUGUCUGUCCACUGAUAGUCCACAUUCAACCUGACAGAGCCUGAGAGGACCUGCAGAGAAGAAUGAGAGAAAAUCCUCAAAUCCAGAUGUGUAAAGUUUGAGAUGUCAGAUCAAGAAGACUGGAGGCUGUGAUCACUGAUAAAGCUGCUUCAAUGUGAUAUUUCAGUUUUUCCUUUUAAGACAUUUGCAAACAUUUCUAAAACUCUGUUUUCACUUUGUCGUUAUGAAGAACUGAGAGUAGACUGAUGAGGGAAAAAAUGCUUUUUGUUUUUUAUUUUAGCACAGAACUGCAACAUAAGAAAAUGUGAGCAAACUGAAGGGGUCCGAAUACUUUCUGAAUGCACUGUUUAUAUAUAUUUUUUACAUUAUCACUGUGUACAGCUUUUCAACCCAUAGUGCGAGUGUUUGGAAUUAUGUUGAAAAAAAUAGUUUAACCUUUUGUAAUAUUUUUCAUCAUAAAAUAAAUUUUGGAAAAGGUCUCUGCAUAUUGUAAAAACAGUUGUCUUCAUUUUACUGCUGUUGGUCACUAUCAGAUUACCAGUGCUUAGUAUAUGUUCAGAGUGUAUCAAAACCUUAGACAGACUAAUUCACCAUGUCAUCAAAUGGAAAUUUUAGCUAAAUUUAAGAUCAGAAUUACUUGUAAUGAUAUACUGAGGCCAUCAAUAUUAGUCCAAUAGACUUAUAUUAGAUAAUUGAUACUGAUGAACCUCUGCUGGAAGUACAGUUUCAGCACACUGGUAACUAACACUUUUGUUUGUUG